AUGCCAUCAACAUACAAAUAUAGAAAGAAGGUAUCAAGAGUUACGAUUCUCAUUCUCUUUUCAAUAUCCAUUACCUUGUUUAUAUCUUGCGUUGAUGGUCAGUCUUGCAAGGCGAGUGGAAAGUUGAGAGGUAAAAAACCCCCUCAUGGGACAUGUGUGAACGAUCCAGAUUGUUGCAAAGAAGGCAAGUUUUACACCACGUACAAAUGCUCACCCGUUGUCACUAAACAUACAACAGCCACACUAACGAUAAACAGUUUUCAAAAAGGAGGGGAUGGUGGAGGACCAUCUGCAUGUGAUGGUAAGUAUCACUCAGAUAAUACACUAAUUGUUGCAUUGUCCACUGGGUGGUAUAACAACAGAAAAAGGUGUUCUAAGUUUAUCAAUAUACACUAUAAUGGUAAGAGUGUAAAGGCUAAGGUGGUCGAUGAGUGUGACUCCACUGUAGGGUGUGAUGCUGAGCAUGGAUACCAACCACCAUGUCCUAAUAACAUCGUGGAUGCGUCUAAAGCUGUUUGGAAGGCCCUCGGGGUGCCUAAGAGUGACUGGGGUGAGGCCAAAGUUACCUGGUCAGAUGCUUGAUGCCAAUUCGAUGAUGAGAUCAGGUCGCUUGAGUUUAUGAGUUUAUGAAUAAAUUUAUAAACCUUAAGAGAGCCUAGACAAUAAAAACAAUAAUCAAAUCAAGACUUUUUAUUUCAAAUUACUGUUUAACUACUUGUUUCUUGCCAGACGUCUGAAGCACAGACUUUGCGUUAUUUUCCUUUUGG